AUGCCUGGCCUUGUUAAAGAAUACAGCUCCGAUGUGCAGAAAGUAUCAGCAGACACGCCACUGGAAGACGUGCUCUAUCUUCUCAAACGGGACGGUGGUGUUUUCAUCAAGGGAUUGAUCCCAGAGGAGGAUGUCGACCAGGCGUAUGAUGAAGUUCGAGAUCGUUUGGAGGAGAGUCUGGAGUGGGAAGGGGAUUUUUUCCCGAAGGAGACACAGCGGGCCCCUUCGCUCAUCGCCAGGAGUCCAACCUAUACUCGGACUCAGCUGAUGAAUCCUCUAUACCAGAAAGUGUGUGACCACUUUCUGACCACACGGAGCUGGUUCUGGUGGGGGGAUGAAAGGAAAGAGUCUGUGUCGAAGCCGUACGCCCACUCCUGCACCGCCAUGAGAAUAGGGCCCGGUGGCAAGGCCCAGCCUCUGCAUCGAGACGACUAUAUCAAUCACACCCACCACACUGAGAUCGACGCGUGGGAUGACGAACGGGACAAGAAUCGGGAGACGGCAGUAGGGCUUUUCGUGGCCGGCAGCAAAGUCACCAAGGAGAACGGAGGCACCCAGUUCAUUCCUCGCAGCCACCUUUGGGGCACCGACCGCAAAACACCACCGCGUGUGGAUGAGUGUAUCUUCGCCGAGAUGGACAAAGGCGAUGCCUUCAUCAUGCUCGCCUCGGCUUUCCACGGCGGUGGAAAUAACACCACCACAGAUGAGAAGCGCAUGAUGUUUGCCUCGUUUGUCGUGCGCGGCUAUCUUCGACAGGAGGAGAAUCAGUACUUGGCUGUGCCACAGGAUAUGGUGAAGCAGUAUGAGCGUCCGAUUCAGGAGUUCAUCGGCUACUCCAUGGGCGAGCCUGCUUGCGGAUAUGUCGAGCAGAUGGACCCUUAUUACACUCUUUACCCUGAGUUGUCGAAGGAUGCCAGACCCAAGGAUUUCUAA